AUGUCUUGGGAAGUGUUGUCAGUGAUGGUGGCGGAGCCGCUAUAUGUGGCGCCGGUUAUAGUAGUGGUAACUGUUUUGGUGUUUGCCUUUGGAUUCACUGCAAACACACCCCAACCCUCCAGAGAGGUGUUCGACGCCCUCAACACUCACCACAAGAACCAAAGAAUUCAUGACUUGCCUCUCAAGAGGAAGAAACCAAACACUCACAAGAUAACGAGCACUAAAACCGAACCGAAGAGCGAACCCAAUGGUCACGUAAACGACGGAUCCGUUAAAACAGCCGAUAAGAAGACACCAAAGAAGGCGAGCGUUGAAUCAAAGUCUUCGGCAAAGACUGCGACCAACGCUAACACUGAGAAGAAAAGUGUUUCUAAAAGAUUGAAAAACAAGAAAAACGAUGGUUUGGCCGAAGAGUUUGAAGACAAGGAUUCGGGCGAAUGGGUUGAACUGAUCUCGAAGAAGGAGCGCAAGAAUCGCAAACAAAAGGAGGAAAAGCUUUUGGUUGAAUCAAAUGAUUCGCCGAAAAACAAAACCAAUAAAAAGGAGAAAAAUGUUGAAAAGAGUCCUAAAACGGAGUCAAAGAAGAGCGAGAAAGUGAUUGCAGCGACUGUUAAGUCCGAUUCAAAAGCAAAAGAGGAGAGCAAUAAAGUGCUUGAAGUGAAGAGUGAGGAGAAAGUGAACAAAAAUGAGGUAAAAGAGGUGAUUGAAGUGAACGGUGAGGAACAGGUGUCUGAAGACUUGGAUAUUUACGAGUUGGCAAAAGAGCAAAGAGUUGGCAAGAAAUGGCAAAAACGUAACCAAAAGCGUGGGUCGGAGUCAGACUCGACGCCAAAGAGUGAGCCUUUGGCCGGAAAUGAAGUGAAGACUAAUUUAGAUGUUUCCGACAAAUUGACGGCAUCUAUAGUCGCCAACUAUGAGACCAAUGAUCACAACAAAAGCGAUUCAAUUAAUACCACAAACAACAAGAAGAAGAAUAAGAAGAAACAAACUGUCGCUCAAGUGAACAAUGAAAGCAAUGAUAAUAUUGUUUCAGUUGCAGUCAAUGAGUCGGAAAAUGUCAGUUCUAUAGACAUUCCCAAUGAAAUAAAACCGUCAGAAGAAGAAGAGUUCAAAUCUGUGGGCAAAAAACGUCGGGCGAGACGUGAAUAAUAGCCCAUUAAUUGUAUGUUAAAAACAAAGUAACAAAUGAGAGAAAAGCCCAGUUCUUGAAAACUUAAGACAACUUCUUCAUCAAAGCCUUCACAUGAUUUUGGUUGAAGUGCCAAAUGUUAGCGAAUACACGAUAAGCCAAUUAUCACAAUAAUUGUCUCAACUGUUGGUGCAAUCAUUUAAAUCAGUCACUAAAACACUAAUAACUGGGAUUCAAACUAAAUUCAAUUCAUUCCUAUUUUCGUGAAUUAAUGUCAGAAUUUUAUAUCAAAAACAUAUGAAUACCUCUUUUGAGAAUGAAAAGCAAAUUAAUAUUCAGUUGUCAUAAAAGCAAUUCAUCUGUGAUUUAAUUCAAACAAUUCUAUUGUCGUAUUAUUAUUAUUAUUAUUUUAUAAUUUUAUUCAAUUGUCUUAAUUGUCUUCCACUUUGUUUUGGGCAUUAAUUUUAAAGUUAAUAUUUUUCUUCAUUAGUGUAAUAAUUAUUUGUGAUAAUAAUUGGGAGAAAAUGUGUUAUUUUAAGAUUUUUCACUUUUUAUAUUUUUCUUAUAUAUAAUUUAUAAUAUAAUAUAUAUUCAGAUCUUUUUGUUGCCUUUUAUCUCAAAGCAAAGACUAUAAAGAGAUCGAUUGUUGGCUCGAUUUUGCAUUACUUUUUAACGAUUAACUAAAUUAUAUUUUAAAAACUAAAUAUUUGGGCCUUCUUUGGGGUUGUUGUCAGUCAAACAUAAUCUAAAAUAAAAUUAUAUAUUAAUUAACUAAUUAUUGAUUACUUGUCCACAAAUGUAUCCCAUUUUUACGUUUUUAACUAAUUAUUGUAUCGAAACAUUGCUGACACUAUUUGUAGACCUUUGAGAAGACAACCAUUUAUUUCAAAUGUUGAUAAAUUUAUUAGUUUUAAAAUCACUUGCAUUGAUAUUAAGACAUAUCUUUAUGUAUAAACCAAAUGUAUGUUUGAAUGGUAUGUUGAGGUGUUUGGCAUUAUUUUCACUUGUGAUUGGGAUUAAGGGAUAAUCAUUACCACAAUUGUUGAGCACAGGAAUCAUUUUGAAAAUUUUAACAAAAUAUGACUGAAUGUGCUGUCAAUUAACAGAUUAUAUGUUUUAUACGAAAUAUAUUGUAUUGUUAAAUAAAUGAAUUGACAUUUCAA